UAUGUGUCGCUUCCAGUGGUAUAAACACCUGAGCGUGAGUUUUCCAGAAGUUUCCUAGCAACCGCAGACGCGGACUUGUCACUGUCUGUGGAAAUUUUACUCCUGGUCUACAGCGAUAAAAGUGCAACAGUUGUAAUGGACAUAUUAUCCGAAGCGAAGUCUAAACCGCUUUCCACGCUGUCAGUAUUCAGCUUUAUACCGCCCAGAAGAACAGAGCCCAAAGAAAUGCGAUAUUUCAACUGCAGUCCCAAGGCCCCAGAGAGGUCUCUGUAUGACUGCUUACAUCAGAGCACGGAGGACUAUGAUAACAAACUCCACCGUGAUGACAGAAAACAUGCCAAAUCCCGCGGCCUGGACAUCUUCAGCGAGGAAUCAUCUAGACCAGCACCAGUUCUGUCCUCAUCCGUGUAUGGCCGAUUUUCACCGCCGCAGUACGACUCAGGGAGGAGCUUUGCUCGUGUAGCUCACAUUCGUUCAGAUUUCUACAAUAAGAAUGGGAUCACCUGGAGCGUGGAGGAAGGCUAUGGAUCUGUGGCACCCGUCUAAAUGUGUCUCUAUAUGGUCACAACUGUCAAUGCACAUAACAGUCAAUGUCAAAACAAAUGCAGAGUGGAUUGUUACUAACAUCAAUACAGUAUAUUAAUAAUAUGUGUUAAUUUUUGAUGUUACAGGGUGGAUAACAAAUGUAGCAAUUCAU